UCCCCUCUUUUUUAGGGGAAACCUCAGCAUGCUGGCCACUUACCAAACUAUGUGGAGAUGAUUUGGUAUCACGGAACUCCAGAUUCUUCUGUGGUCUUGCUGCUCGUAUUGCUGUUUUUCUCCCCAUUUGGGCCACUCAAGGGCUGCAAGUUUGAUUAUUCUCCCAUCGCAACUUCUGACUUUUCCCAGGAUAUAAAACCACUGAAAGAAUAUUUGCUCCUGGACUAUAAAGUAUCAAUGCCGUUCAGUCUGAAACAGGACAUAUUCUGCAGUGAGUUAUGGAAUCUUCAUUUCAUCAAUGAAAACUUAAAGAAAUUAAUCAACGUGUCUGGAGAAAGACUGAAAAAGUUAAUCAAGAAGAUAUAUAAUCACACAAAAGUUGUUGAAUCUUGUAAUAUUGAAGUAGAUAAUAGUUCUGUCAGCUUUGCAUUGACAAAUAUCUCUCAGUUUGUAGAUGUCAUUCCUUUCCACCUUCAGUCUUUAUCAGCGAAAAUAGAGAAGAUUACAUCAGAAGAAAAGUGUGCUGAUUUUAAGAACUGCACCGUUAUUCAGAGCCAAAUAGAAUCUUCUAAGUUACCCAUCAACACUUCUGAUUGGAAGCUAGAGAAGAAACAGUCAUCUCAGCCAAUCUCCCACAAAAGAACUUACUGGUGGUUACUUCUUCCAGCUAUCUUGGUCUGUCUUAUCUUCAGUUUAUCGAAAAAAUGCCAGUGGUCCUCUUCAAGUGCAAUUUAAAAGUACCACCUCCCCGCGGCAUGGGAUCUAACCUCAACAUCACAACAUCUUAGAGCCUGCUCUAUCCCACUCCUAGCCUUUAUCUUGAAGGACUAACCUGGCACCAUCUGUCAGAGGGGGCGCUGCCAAGAAGGAUAUCAGUUCUGACUCCCACCCCUUGGUAGAUGCUUGCAUCUUUC